AUGCUCCGGCACCCCGGAGAUGCUCCGGGAGCCGCGCCGGGCGCCGCCUCCAAAGUAAGCGCCGCCGCCGCAGCCCGGUCCCCCGGUACGCGGGGCAGCCCGACCCGCUCCGCCCAGCCCGCCCGGCUCCCGGCUGGCUCCCCGCUCCGGGCGGGACGGUCCCGGGGGCCCCGCACCCCGCUGCUGCUGCCGCUGCUGCCGCCGCUGGGGAGCGCCGCCGCGGAGCCGCGCCAGGUGUUCCGGGUGCUGGAGGAGCAGCCGCCCGGCACUUGGGUGGGCACCAUCGCCACCCGGCCCGGCUUCACCUACCGCCUGAGCGAGCACCACGAGCUCUUCGCCAUCAACGCCACCUCGGGCGCCCUGCACACCCGCGCCACCAUCGACCGCGAGAGCCUGGCCAGCGACGUGGUGGACCUGGUGGUGCUCUCCAGCCAGCCCACCUACCCCAGCGAGGUGCGCGUCCUGGUGCUCGACCUCAACGACAACGCGCCCGUCUUCCCCGACCCCUCCAUCGUGGUGACUUUCAAGGAGGACACGGGCAGCGGGCGCCAGCUCAUCCUGGACACUGCCACUGACGCCGACAGUGGCACCAAUGGCGUGGACCAUGGCUCCUAUCGGAUCGUGGCCGGCAACGAGGAGGGUCGCUUCCGCCUCAACAUCACCCUCAACCCCAGCGGCGAGGGGGCUUUCCUGCACCUGGUAUCCCGCGGAGGGCUGGACCGGGAGGCCACCCCCACCUACCAGCUGUUGGUGCAGGUGGAGGACAAGGGCGAGCCCCGUCGGCGAGGGUACCUUCAGGUCAACGUCACCGUGCAGGAUAUCAAUGACAACCCGCCCAUCUUCAGCCAGACGCUUUACCAGGCACGAGUGCCUGAGGAUGCACCCGUCGGGGCCAGCGUUCUCCAGGUCACCGCCGCUGAUGCUGAUGAGGGCACCAACGCUGACAUCCGCUACCGCCUGGAAGGAGGCGAUGGCAGCGGUGCUGGGGACGGGGCUGGCAGCCUCCCCUUUGAGGUGGACCCCGAGAGCGGGGUGAUCCGCAUCCGUGAGCGCUUGGACUACGAGAUGCGGCAGCAGUACUCGCUGACGGUCCACGCCAUGGACCGCGGGGUGCCAGCGCUGAGCGGCCGGGCCGAGGCCCUCAUCCGCCUGCUUGACGUCAACGACAACGAGCCCCGGGUGAAGUUCCGCUACUUCCCGGCCACCUCCCGCUUUGCCUCUGUGGAUGAGAACGCGGCCCCCGGCACAGUGGUGGCCCUGCUGACGGUGAGCGAUGCUGACUCUCCGGCGGCCAACGGGAACAUCUCUGUGUCCAUCCUGGCGGGAAACGAGCAGCGGCACUUUGAGGUGCACAGCAGUAAGGUACCCAACCUCAGCCUCAUCAAGGUGGCGGCCGCGCUGGACCGGGAGCGCAUCCCGGCCUAUAACCUCACCGUGGCAGUGGCGGAUAACUACGGGGCCCCACCGCCACCUCCAGGCUCCCCCGCUACCGUCUUUUCCCCCGACGGAGCGGUGGCAGCUCCCGUGAGCCGCUCCUCGGUGGCCAGCCUGGUGAUCUUUGUGAACGACAUCAAUGACCACCCGCCUGUCUUCGGGCAGUCGGUGUACGGGGUGAACAUCAGCGAGGACGUGCCCCCGGGCAGUUACGUGCGGGGCCUCAGUGCCACGGACCGUGACUCCGGCCUCAACGCCAACCUCAAGUACAGCAUUGUCUCGGGCAACGAGCUGGGCUGGUUCUGCAUCAGCGAGCACAGCGGGCUGGUCACCACGGCUGUCCCCGAGGGUGGCAGUGCUGCAGGUACACCCAGCUCUAGCAGGCUGGACCGGGAGACUGCUUCUCAGGUGGUGCUCAACGUCAGUGCCCGCGACCAGGGGGUGCAGCCCAAAUUCUCCUACGCGCAGCUGGUGGUGACCAUCCUGGAUGUCAAUGACAACAAGCCUCGCUUCAGUCAGCCUGAGGGUUACCAGGUGUCCUUGGCUGAAAACUCCCCAUCAGGAACUGAGCUGCUUGUCCUAAGUGCCACUGAUGGGGACCUGGGGGACAAUGGGACUGUCCGCUUCUCCCUGCAGGAAGCCGAGCCAGCGCUGGUAGCAGUUGGACCCUCCUCUGUGACCCCUCGCCAGAUGUUUCGCUUGGACCCGGUUUCGGGCAAGCUCAGCACCAUCUCGCAGCUGGACCGGGAGGAGCAGUCUCACUUCUCCUUGCAGGUCCUGGCCACUGAUUUGGGCUCUCCUCCCCUUUCUUCGGUGGCCCGAGUUAACGUGAGCAUCCUGGAUGUGAAUGACAAUAGCCCUGUGUUUUACCCCAUUCAGUAUUUUGCCCAUAUCCAAGAGAAUGAGCCAGCCGGCACCUAUGUGACCACCGUGUCUGCCACAGACCCCGAUCUGGGACCCAAUGGGACAGUCAAGUACAGCAUCUCAGCUGGAGAUACCUCCAGGUUUCAGGUCCAUGGGCAGACAGGGGUCAUCACAACAAAAAUAGCCCUGGACAGGGAGGAGAAAACUGCUUACCAGCUGCAGAUUGUGGCCACUGAUGGUGGCCAUCUUCAGUCGCAGAACCAAGCCAUUGUCACCAUCACUGUCUUGGACACACAGGACAACCCCCCUGUUUUCAGCCAGGGCACGUACAGUUUUGUUGUCUUUGAAAACGUUGCCCUGGGUUACCACGUAGGUACUGUUUUUGCUUCCACCAUGGACCUCAACACCAACAUCAGUUACCUCAUUACGACGGGUGACCAGAGGGGCGUGUUUGCCAUCAACAGGGUGACGGGGCAGAUCACCACAGCCAGUAUUAUUGACAGGGAGGAGCAAGCAUUUUACCAGCUGAAGGUGGUUGCUAGGGGUGGGACAAUUACUGGCGAUGCUGUGGUCAAUAUAACUGUCAAAGAUUUAAAUGACAAUUCCCCACACUUUGUUCAAGUGGUGGAAAGUGUAAAUGUUGUUGAGAACUGGAAAGCUGGGCAUACCAUAUUCCAGGCCAAAGCUCUUGAUCCUGAUGAAGGUGUUAAUGGCAUGGUCCUUUACAGCCUUAAGCAAAACCCAAAGGGCUUGUUCGCAAUCAAUGAACGAACUGGCGCUAUAAGCUUAACGGGGCCGCUUGACAUAAAUGCUGGGUCUUACCAGGUUGAAAUCCUGGCCUCGGAUAUGGGGGUGCCUCAGCUGUCCUCCACCUUUAUCCUGACUGUCUCUGUCCACGAUGUAAAUGACAACCCGCCUGUGUUUGACCAGCUUUCCUAUGAAAUUACUAUUUUGGAGUCAGAGCCUGUGAAUACCAGGUUCUUUAAGGUACAGGCUUCUGACAAAGACUCGGGAGUGAACGGUGAAAUAGCUUACAGUAUAAUUGAAGGAAAUGCUGGGGAUGCCUUUGGCAUAUUCCCAGAUGGCCAGCUGUAUAUAAAAAGUGAACUGGACCGUGAGCUUCAGGAAAGAUAUGUUUUACUGGUCGUUGCCUCUGACAGAGCCGUAGAACCACUCAAUGCUACUGUGAACGUUACGGUGAUUCUGGAGGAUGUAAAUGAUAACAGGCCCCUGUUCAACAGUACCAACUAUGUGUUUUAUUUUGAAGAGGAACAGAGAGGUGGGUCCUAUGUGGGUAAAAUAAAUGCUGUAGAUAAAGACUUUGGGCCGAAUGGUGAGGUCAGGUAUUCAUUUGAGCAUAUGCAGCCAGAUUUUGAGCUGAACACGGUAACUGGGGAAAUCAGAAGCACUCAUCAGUUUGACAGAGAAGCUCUCAUGAGACAGAGGGGAGCUGCAGUAUUUAGCCUUACAGUAAUAGCCACGGAUCAGGGGUUGCCAAAGCCUCUGAAAGAUCAGGCAACUGUACAGAUCUACAUGAAAGACAUCAAUGAUAACGCCCCCAAAUUUUUGAAAGACAUUUAUCAAGCUACUAUAUCAGAAUUGGCAGCAAAUCUGACACAGGUGCUGCGAGUUUCUGCCUCAGAUGUUGAUGAAGGGGUUAAUGGGUUGAUUCAGUAUUCUGUAAUCAAGGGAAAUGAAGAAAAUCAGUUUGUAAUAGACAGCAGCACAGGCCAAGUGACCUUAGUAGGCAGACUAGAUUAUGAGGCUACUGCGUCGUAUUCCCUUGUCAUCCAAGCGGUAGACUCUGGAGCCAUUCCUUUAAGUUCAACUUGCAUGUUGAGCAUUGAUGUGUUGGAUGAAAAUGAUAACAGCCCUUCCUUCCCUAAAUCAACCUUGUUAGUGGAUGUCUUAGAAAAUAUGAGGGUUGGUGAACUUGUGUCAUCUGUCACUGCCACUGAUUCUGAUUCAGGUGACAACGCUGACCUCCACUACAGCAUUACAGGGACAAACAAUCAUGGGACCUUUAGCAUCAGUCCCAACACUGGGAGUAUUUUUCUUGCCAAGAAACUGGACUUUGAGACACAAUCUCUAUAUAAGCUAAAUAUAACGGCAAAAGACCAGGGAAGGCCCCCGCGAUCCUCUACCAUGUCAGUGGUCAUACACGUUAGGGAUUUCAACGAUAACCCUCCUCAUUUUCCUCCGGGAGACAUCUUUAAAUCAAUUGUUGAGAACGUUCCUGUGGGUAGCUCUGUCAUUUCCGUGACUGCUCACGAUCCAGACGCGGAUAUUAAUGGGCAGCUAACGUAUGCCAUCAUCCAGCAGAUGCCAAGGGGGAAUCACUUCCGUAUCGAUGAGGUGAGAGGGACAAUAUUUACCAAUGCUGAAAUCGAUCGGGAGUUUGCCAAUCUCUUUGAGUUGACAGUCAAAGCCACCGAUCAGGCCGUUCCUGUGGAGUCCAGGCGCUUUGCCCUCAAGAACGUGACCAUUCUGGUGACGGAUCAAAAUGACAAUGUGCCCGUGUUCGUAUCGCAGAACGCCCUCGCAGCUGACCCCUCGGUUGUGAUCGGCUCCAUCCUGACCACCAUCGUUGCUGCAGAUCCUGACGAGGGUGCCAAUGGCGAGGUGGAGUAUGAAAUAGUCAAUGGUGACACCGAAACCUUCAUCGUGGAUCGCUACAGCGGAGACUUGAGAGUAGCCUCAGCGCUGGUGCCUUCUCAGCUCAUCUACAAUCUCAUAGUUUCUGCCACUGACCUGGGCCCCGAAAGGAGAAAAUCCACCACCGAGAUGACUAUAAUUCUGCAAGGGGUUGACGGACCUGUUUUCACUCAGCCGAAGUACAUCACCAUCCUGAAGGAGGGCGAGCCCAUUGGGACAAACGUGAUAUCCCUGGAAGCGGCCAGCCCGCGGGGCUCCGAGGCACAGGUGGAAUAUUACAUCGUGUCUGUCCGGUGCGAGGACAGGAGCCUCGGGCGCCUCUUCACCAUCGGGCGCCGCACCGGGGUCAUCCAGACUGCUGCCAUUCUGGACAGGGAGCAAGGAGCACGGCUCUACCUGGUGGAUGUUUAUGCCAUUGAGAAGUCUUCUGUUUUGCCCCGCACGCAACGAGCAGAGAGAAUGUGAAACCCAGA